CCGUGUCCUUGUAACUACACGAAGACAACGUUGUUAAAUAAAUAAACUGAUUUAUUGUCAUGCAAUGGCAUACAAGAUCCACAGUCAAAUACAUAGCCGAUCAGUUGAAAAGAUGUGCGAGCUUGAAGGAGGUGGAAUCAUGGUAUGGCUUGUUGUUCAAGACCAACACUACUCAAGAUUGCUUCUUGAUGAAUCAAUACAUCACUGCUUGCUCCAACGUUCACAGUUUAGAUUCUGCAAUUUUUGCUUUUUCCCAGGUACAUAAUCCCAAUGUCUUCGUCUACAACGCAAUCAUCGGAGCCUUUUUGAACUUAUUUCGACCACUCGAGGGGUUGCGCUAUUAUGUGGAUAUGUUGAGGAAUGGGGUAACCCCAACUAGUUAUACAUUUUCGGCAUUAAUUAAGAGCUGCAGAGUUUUAUCUGUUGUGGGAUUUGGUGAAACUGUUCAUGGCCAGGUUUUGAAAAAUGGGUUAGCGCUUCAUGUUCACGUCCAAACCUCACUUGUUGAUUUUUACUCGAGUUUGGGGAGGGUAAUUCAGUCGAGGAAGAUGUUCGAUGAAAUGACUGACAGGGAUGGUUUUGCUUGGUCCAGUAUGAUUUCAGCAUAUGCCCGUGCUGGGGACUUGGAUUCUGCGAGGAGUGUGUUUGAUGAAAUGCCGGAAAAGAAUAAUGCCUCGUGGAAUACCAUAAUUCAUGGAUAUGUGGAAGCAGGGAAUGUGGAAUCUGCAGAAGAGUUGUUCCGAAUAAUGCCCAAAAGAGACGUGAUUUCUUGGACGACCAUGAUUAAUUGCUACUCCAAACACAAACUCUAUAGAGAGGCUCUAGAACUUUUUGAUGAAAUGAAGCGUACUGGAACUAGACCCGAUGGCGUAACAAUGGCAACGGUAAUAUCUGCCUGUGCACAUCUUGGGGUACUGGACCAAGGGAAGGAGAUGCAUCUCUAUGUUAUGCAAAACAGGUUCAAAAUUGACGUUCACAUAGGAUCUGCUUUGAUUGAUAUGUAUGCCAAGUGUGGGGUGCUGGAAAGAGCACUUGUGGUGUUCUACAAACUAGAGGAUAAAAAUCUCUUCUGUUGGAGUUCUGUGAUUGAUGGCCUUGCAGUUCAUGGAUACGCUGAGGAAGCUUUAGCAAUGUUUGACAAAAUGGACAAGGAAAAGAUCGAGCCAAAUCGCGUUAUCUUUGUCAGUGUUCUUGCAGCUUGCACUCACGCGGGAUUGGUCGAAGAAGGCAACCGAAGAUUCCUCGAAAUGACUAGUAAAUACUCCAUCCUUCCCGAAAUCGAACACUACGGGUGCAUGGUUGACCUUUUAUGCAGAGUUGGUUUAAUAGAAGAAGCACUAGUCUUGAUAAGAAGCAUGAGAAUGCAGCCCAAUUCUGUGAUAUGGGGUGCUUUGUUAGGUGGUUGUAAGCUUCACAAGAACUUAGAGAUUGCUCGAGUUGCUGUGGACAGAUUAAUGAUAUUGGAGACAGAUAGUAGUGGUUAUUUCACCCUUUUGAUUAACAUGUAUGCUGAAGCGAAUAGAUGGGCUGACGUGGCGAGAAUUAGGGCAACGAUGAAGGAGCGUGGGGUGGAGAAGAUAUUGCCUGGAUCGAGUUGGAUUGAAGUGGAAAAGAAGAUGCAUCAGUUUGCUGCUUGUGAUAAUUAUCAUCCAGCAUCACAAGAGAUUUAUUUAGUGUUGGAUGUGUUGGAUUCUCAGCUUAAGCUAAUUGGCUAUGCACCUGAUUUUGAUUUUGUCCUGUAAUGAAAAUUGUGGUAGCUUAGAACAACCUAAGAUCCCAUGUAUUCUGAGUUGGCUUGUACAAUUGGUGAUGUGCAAAUGCAUACUUGUUUCAUAGUUGGAACAUCAUUAUAGCUUGGUGAUGACAUCUUCUCCAAACUGACUUUUCUUCCGUCGCAGGUACGAUUGUAGUGACAUGUAAUAAGGGUUUUCUAGAUGCUGCACCGGAUGCACUACACCUGGUAUUAUUUAUAUCAACCCUUGGAUCACACACACACACACACACACACACACACACACACACAUGUGGGGGUGUGUGUAUGAUGGAUGGAUGUCCGCAUUGUUUGUGAUGCUUAUUACAAAGGUGAUUUAGGAGAAGAAAAAUAAGAGGCAUGAUUAUUAGUAAUUGAAAGAGUGGGAAGUGGAGGUGUAAUGAAAGACAGGAAAGAAACAUUGCCCCCACAAUUAUGUACAUUUCAGCAUGCCUCUGUCUCUCACUUUUCAAACUCUAUCAUCUUCUCUUUUAUCCUUUUCUCUUGUUACCACUGUAUUUCCUAUAUUUGUUCUUACCCAU